AUGCACACAAACCGUGGGCAAUCUUCUGCAAAGUAUCUUCUAAAAAUUGGCGCUGAAGGUGCUAACUCCUUAGUUAGAAGAGAAAUGGGAACACCCUAUAUGUCCUGGAUGUACGGUCAAAUGGGAGUUGUUGCUACCUUGGAAUUAGAUGAGGCCGCCGCCCCAAAUGAAACGGCUUGGCAACGAUUUAUCCCUGGUGGACCAGUUGCUCUACUGCCACUUGGUUCAAAUAUUAGCUCACUGGUAUGGUCCGUGCCCGUAGAUCGAUCAAAGCAACUUUUAAAAAUGACAAGCGAAGAAUUUGUAUUUGAGCUGAAUAAUGCUUUGGAGGACCAGCGCUACCCCCAGAGUGUUUUGGUACGCGAGGCUAGCGGUGCUUUGCGUUCUGCUUUGCGGUUAGUUGGAAUGGAUUGCGGGUCUACUACUAUUUCACCUCCCAGGAUUAAGGCUGUGGCGGAGGGCAGCAGGGCAGCAUUUCCUCUUGGAUUCGGCCAUUCUGGUUCUUAUGUUCAAGAUAGGGUCGCACUUAUAGGAGAUGCUGCACAUCGUGUACAUCCGUUAGCAGGGCAAGGUGUGAAUUUAGGCUUCGGAGACGCAGCUACAUUAUCGACUUUACUGGGUGACGCUGUCUACAGAGGAGCGGAAAUCGGUUAG